AACUACAAAUUUCCAUCCAUCUCUGAAAACCCUCCCUGUUGUCUUUUGUCUUGAACCCUUCGUCAGAUUCACUCUGGCAUUUCUUUAUACCCUGCAUAAACCUCCCGCAGCUGUUGCUCUUCCUUUUAUGCUUUGACCAUAUAUGAUUUUUCUUCUCAACAACCAAAAAGACAUAUCCAAUGAUAAUCAAGAAAUCAACAGAAAGAGAAAAACCAACGACAACAACAACCACCAUGAAUUUCAGAUCCCAAGAAAAUUCUCUUCUUCUGAUCACCUCGUUGAAGAUGACGACAAUGAUCUUUUAACCCUUUCCCUUUCGUUUCGCCCAGCAGCCAUCAGGCCCCGAAAACAUUCCCCAAUACACCAACAACCACCACUUCCGCCACCCCCUCCAUGCAACAACAUCAGCCAUUCAUACCCCAGCCGCCGCCGCCGCCAUCCUACCCUCUCUACAUGCCGCCCGUGCCAAUGCCUCAGCAGACGCAGUCGCCUCAUCUUCUCCCUGACACAUCAUCACUCCCCACGCUGCGAGCAGUAGUUCAUCGUCAAGAACCUUCCUCGGCCUCGGCUGGUCAGUCCCGCCCGGCUCGCCCCCGCCGAAACCCUUCCCAAGCACCACACGAAGGGAAGAGCGAAACGGUUCCUGCACCGUUCCCAUGGGCCACCACCCGUCGCGCCUCAGUCUACAGCCUCAACUAUUUGUUAUCAAAACAAAUCUUCAAGAUCAGCGGGGAAGUCCAAUGCAAAAGAUGCGAAAAGCGGUACGAGAUGGAGUACGAUUUGACGGAAAAGUUCAUUGAAGUUGGGAGUUUCAUUGCUGAGAACAAAAGCGGCAUGCAUGACAGAGCCCCUGGGGUUUGGAUGAACCCGGUUCUACCAGCUUGCAAGUUAUGUGAACAAGACAAUUGCGUUAAGCCCAUCAUUCCCUAAAAGAAGAAAGCCAUUAAUUGGUUGUU